CAUUUACAUCUCAUUAUACGUUAAUCUCCGUAAUUAGGAAAUAUCUUCUUUGUGUCCAUAAGCUGGUGUCUGAAAAUAAAAGUGCAGAGAUGGAAGACUUCCCACAGACCCCUGAUGACGAUCUGAAAGAAAGCCAGGCAGUACUUGACGACUACAGAUCCUCUUCCUCCAACCCUGAAUACACCAAGGGCCAUCUCACCCCUGUUUGUCACCAAGAAACACUGCACGACCGUGAGGCCACCUACACCCUGACAAACAUAGUCCCACAAAGGGCAGCUUCUAAUAAUGGCCCCUGGAGUGCCCUAGAGAAAAAGAUGUUAAACAAAAUCAAACCACACUGCACAGGGGAAAUGUAUGUGAUCACUGGAGCCAUCCCCUAUCAGAAUGAACGUCUGCUGAAGGAGAGAGUGUCUAUUCCUGAGUACAUGUGGUCGGCCUACUGCUGCCCUGAAUACACAUCUACUCCUUACCUCACAUAUGCUGCAGUAGGAAGAAACGACCCUGAUAGUGGGAAUGACAUAGUGGAAAGAGGGAGGAACUCCAAGGGUUAUGAUGUGAAGGAGAUGACUGUGCAGGACUUAGAGAAUAUCCUGGAAAGAAGGCUGAAUAUGCAAAUCAUGCUUUUCAGGAAUAAGUGCAUUCCUACUGGAGAGUAG